GCUUUCGAGAGACUUACCCACCGUGGAGACUUUCCGGCGAAUGCCGGUGACUGGCGUGAUGCCGAUUUCCCUCUUCCUUUGAUCUCGUCUCUCCUUCCGUUAAUCCUCUUGAGCUAAUCUUCCUGUUCUCCAAUCUGUUUUCCCAUCCCCAAUCAUAUCUGCCGCUGCUCAAUCCCAGAUCUUGUUAUCUUCUCAGCCGGAAUCUUGGUCGGCAGGACCGGAUCCAUCUUGGUUCUCCUCGCCGAGCACACCUCAGUAGCCUCGACUUCCCUCCACCCCCUUUUCCCCUCUGGAUCCGAUCUCUUCCUUCCCCUCCCCCCCCACACACCCCGCCCCAGGUGCUGCUGUUGAGUUCCUUUGCUAGUCAGAUUGGAGAAGUUAUCAAGUUGGACAGGCUGCUGGAGGACUGGCGCAAGGCUUUAUAAGGUACUUAAGCUCACAUGAAGUUCAUUGCGUGGAACUGUCGAGGCAUGGGCAGAGGCCUCAUGAACCACAAAAUGCUCUUCCUUGGCAGACUCAUUCACUCCACAAAAGCACAGGUGGCCUUCAUUUCUGAAAUUAAAUCAUCAAAGGUUAAGUCCUCCGAUCUUAAUUCACGUUUUCAUAUGAAUAAUAGCAUUGUUAUUCCAUCUGGAGGUAAAUCUGCGGGAUUGUGGCUUAUGUGGAAUGAUAAUGUUCAAAUUACAGUUCAUCUAGCAAAUUUUUAUACUAUCUUGGCCACUGUGGUGAAUUCUGCUACUGGAUUGCAAUUCGGACUUGUGUGUAUAUAUGGCGACCCCUAUCAUCGCCAGACUUAUCAGAUAUGGGAUCAAAUUGCUGAUUUUAUUUAUGAUAGCCCCGGAAAGAUGAUAUGCAUGGGUGAUCUUAAUGAGAUACUGUAUGACAUGGAGAAAAGUUCGGUCUAUGUAAAGUCUAAUCGGAUGUAUGCCUUUCAUUCUAUGCUGAAAAUUUGUGGUUUCUUUGACCUGGGUUAUAGUGGACCAGCCUACACUUGGACUAACAAGCGUUUUUCCUCUAAGCCCAUAUAUGAGAGACUGGACAGAUGCUUAGUGAAUCCAGACUGGUCUGAGCUUUUUCCUAAUACUAAUGUAUUCAACUUGCCCAUUAUUUUUAGCGAUCAUGCUCCCAUUUUAAUCUCCACUGAUGGACAGUACAAAAAACCAAGGCAGGACUUUAAAUUUGAGAAUUGGUGGCUUAUGGAAUCUGACUUUCAAUCUCAUGCCAAAUCUGUUUGGAGAAAUUCUGUCAAUAAGCCUUUUUGUGCUAGAACUAAACAUCUUGCAGGAGCUCUUAAAAAGUGGUGCAGGAAAAAGAAGCCUCUCCAACAAGAAUUAAACUCCUUGGAGCAAAAGAUCCAGCAGAUUCAGAUGAUUCCAUCAGAGUUCCCAUUUCAGAACCAAGAUCAGGACUUCACUUAUACUAUUCCAGAUAAGCAGGAAAUUUGGCAAACAUUACAGGAAAUGAACAGAAGAGCUUCACCUGGCCCAGAUGGAUUCAAUGUGGAAUUUUAUAUUGCAAGCUAGAGCUGGAUUGGUGAUGAUGUUACUUCCAUGGAAUGAAAAUUUGUUUGGCAGAAAACCAGGCGAGCCAAAGCAGAUCUUCCAGGCAGUAAAAUCAAUUAUAUCAAGUCAAGCAUUGGUGAAGUAUACAGAGUAGGAACAACAUAUCAUCACUAUGACGAACUGCAACAGCUCCAACUCAAAUCAUUAAACAAGGAGAAACCAUCAAAUCAGAUUUAUUUAUUACAGAUACCAAGGUUUUCUGUGAUGCCUCUUGGGAGAAUACAAAAGUUCCAGGGAAUACAGGUGCACUGGCUACAGGAAUAGGAAUAUAUAUACAAGGCGUUGAGCAAAGUGACAGCUACACCAUAAUGAUUCAAGCCUCUACAACUACAACAUCUUCUCCCUUGCAGGCUGAAGCAUGGGCUCUCUUGUUUGCAGCAAAGAUUGCUAAUCAUCCCAACAUCAUCCAGGUUUCCUUUCUCACUGAUAACCUGAUCCUGGCAAGAGCAGCAGCUCAGAGGAGCAUUGAUUCAUGUAAAGUUGGUUGGGAAAUCAGGAAGGAACUUGCAGAUUACAUUCAUACCACGAAAGAACUCCAACCUCAAGUAUUUCAUAUCUCAAGAGAGCUAAAUGGAGUUUCUCAAACUGUGCACAUCAGGUACUCAACAACUUGGUUGAACCUAUCUUUAGUUGUGUUAAUUCAGCUCAUAGAAAUAGGCCAUGUCCUGUAAUUCAAAAAUUUCAAUAUUCUCCUUUACAGGGCGUUGUAAUUCAUGCUGUAAAAUGUUUAUGAGCUGAUAUAUAUUUAUGGCGC